UAUGAACAAAAAUAAAUUAUGAUUUUUCUUAUAAAAUCUUUUUUUAAAUGAACAAAUAAAUUAAAAAAUAAAUAAAUAAAAAAAGAAGGGAGAAUGAGAUAUAGAAUACAUAUGAUUACCAGGUAGGUGUGUGUAAACGGUGAGUUGUUUUCGGGACUCAACGCGCCCCUUAGACGCCACCUCUCCUCCGCCCUAAACUUCUCAAUGUACGGUGGUCAAUCCAAGCUCGGUAGGGGUGGCGCCGGCGCUGGAAGAGGUGCCGGAGCUAAGCGACUUAGUUCGUCCUUUCCUAUUCCUCCCCCUCACCGCUCUUCCUCAGCUGGGUCCGGACGCCUCUCACUCGGUGGCUCCGCCUCAGCUUCCAAUCCCCGAAACCGCGCGUCCGGAACAAUUUCUCCGGCACCGGCCGUUGAAGAGUCAUUUAGUUUAGUGGCGGGCAAUAACCCGCCUGCUUUUGCCAUGAUCAUUAGACUGGCGCCCGAAUUGGUCGAUGAGAUCAGGCGUGUCGAAGCCCAAGGUGGGAACCCUCGUAUCAAAUUCGGCACCUUAGCCAAUAAUCCCCACGGAAAUGCUAUUGAUGUUGGUGGGAAGGAGUUUAGGUUUACGUGGUCAACAGAAGAAGGUGAUAAAUGUGAUAUUUAUGAAGAAAGGCAAAGUGGGGAAGAUGGAAACGGUUUGCUUGUUGAAUCUGGGGCAGCAUGGCGCAAAGUAAAUGUAAUUCGAUCUUUGGAUGAGUCCACUGCAAACCAUGUUAAAAUGCGUUCGGAGGAAGCUGAACGAAAGCAUAAAUCACGCAAAACCCUCAUCUUAGACCAUGGGAACCCAUCUAUGAAGAGCCAAAUAAAGAAGUUAGCUGCUGCUGAGACUACCCCGUGGAAGCAAUUCAAACAGAAGAAAGAGCUUCCAUCUAAGAAAAGGAAAAUUGAUCCACCUCCAGCUGGAGGUCCUCCUAAAUCUCUGUACAAACAUGGGAUAUCAUCGACAACUACUAUCAAGGGAAGGCCCUCAUCAUCUCCAGUUCCAUCUCCCCCAGAGCAAUCUGGUCCUGCUGUAUCUCCAUUAAGAACUGUAAAUAUUUCCAAAAGUCAAACAAGUGUAGAUGUUAUACCCAAUCAAGUGACUGGUAAAGACAAAGCUGUUGUUAACUCUGACAAGGAACUCCCAGCCAGGGCUAACAAUGUAACAGGGGAAACAGUGGGUCGUAAAUCUAAUUCGGUGGAUUUGCAGAGUAUACUGAUUAAUUUGCUAAUGGAUAAUCCAAAGGGGAUGAGCUUGAAGGCUUUAGAGAAGGCUGUUGGGGAUUCAGUUCCAGCCUCAUUAAGGCAAAUUGAAGCCAUUAUGAAGAAAAUUGCAACUUUCCAAUCUCCUGGAAAAUAUCUCUUGAAACCAGGAGUGGAGACAGAAAGCUCCAAUAAACGUUUGUCUGUUAAUGGAAGUUCUCCUAAUGAGAACCUUCAUCAAAUACCUGCUCCUGAAGACAAGCAUAAUCAGACGCUGGCUUCAGAAUUGGAUUUUAAAGACAAAGUCCCAUCUCAGGAAUUUGAUGAGCAAGGACAAUUAAACUGUAAGCUUGGAGAAGAGUCUAAUGAGUUAGAAAAAAUUGAUAUUGAACAGCAAUCACCUGAUCUUUUUGGUGAAAAAAAGGUCUCUGACAAUGAAGGGCAUGUAGGCAGUUCUAGUGAUAGUGGAAGUGACAGUGAUAGUGAAAGUGACAGCAGUGACAGUGGAAGUGAUAGCGGGAGCCCCAGCAGAAGCAGAAGCAAAAGUAAAAGCCCAAUUGGCAGCGGGAGUGGGAGUAGUAGUGAUAGCGAUAGCGAUGCAUCUUCCAACAGUAAGGAGGGUUCUGAUGAGGAUGUGGACAUUAUGAGUGAUGAUGACAAAGAACCCAAGAAUAAAUUGCAAUCUGAAUCUGUAUUAUCUGGAUCGCUCAUUAAAUGGAGAAGUCCUGAUGGCAAUCCUAUGCAGGGUGGUAAUGAUGAGAAACAAGAUGGUCAUGAACCAGAGGCUGCCGAGAUAGAGAAAGAUGGGCCUGAUGGAAAACAGGAAACUGAAAUAGAUGUAAUUGGUAUGUCUGCUCCCGAAUAUUCUGAGGUACCUGUAGAAAAAUCUAAUAGCUUUUCACCUGAUCAUGAUAAACUACAAGAGCAUCAAAAUUUUACAGGAAGUUUGUUUGAUGGAGUUGACAAUAUUGUUAAGGAUAGACCUAGGUAUGAACGAUCUGAUAGCUCUGAGAAAAUGUCUAAGGGAAAAUACAAACGGGGUGUGGAGGUAAAAUCAGACAACAAGUUUGAGAGGGGAAAAAGGUUGAAAACAGAAAACUCAUUCGAGCCUCCUGUUUCUGGUAGUAGAGAUGUCCACUACGAUGAGAGUGUACACAGAUUGCCUUCUAACAAACUUAUUGAAGACCCUAAUAGGGAAGCCAUCAUUCUAGCGGUUAAUGGAGGUGAGAGGGAUGUGAAUGGUGAACUGACUUCACACAAAGUAAAUGAUCGAACAUUUUCUGGAAAAUCUAGUGCAGAUUUUCAGCAAUCAAAUAGGAGGUCAUUUGAACAAGGUGGACCAGCAAAGGCUCCCGAUUCAGCAGAGAGACCUCAUAAUUAUGCUGAAAGCAUGUCGGUCGUCGUCCGUAAACAUUCUCAUGUCCAUGAAGAUUCCCCUUCACAGAAGUCUAAAUUUCACAAGGAUGCUCAAUACGAGGAUGGUUUCAUUAUUGAGAAAAAUAUCUUAAAAAAUUUGAAGGAAAGUGGUGUGGGUGGAAAACUGUCAGUGCCCUUGGAUUCUCAUCAUAGGAAACACAGUGGUGGAGUUGGGAAGUUUAAGGAUGGUGGACAGGUUUCUGGCUCAUUUUUGGGUACUUCACCAAACAAUAACAGAACAGUUGCUGAGCAAUCCCCUGCUGUUAAUGGGCGAGGCAGUAGGCUCCAAAGAGAGCAUUCAGAAUUGGAGCUAGGUGAACUUCGUGAGCCCCUUCCUGAGGUAACACCUGCUAAAAGGCAGUUUGAUAGAAAAAACUCGUUUAAACAGUCAGAUAAUAAACUAAGCAGUUCAGACUACUGGAACUCAGAUAGUAAAGGGAAGCCUGCAGGAAAGGGAACUUUAGUUUUGCGAAAAUCAUCUUCGCCUGACCUGAAUCCCAAGGCUCCGAGCAAUUUGGAUAUCUCACAUAAAAAGAGGAACCGUGAAGACCGUGCUGAAGAUUCAGCGCGGUCUCAACAAAGGGUUGCACAAUCUCAGCUGCAGCACCAUUCAAGAGUAGAUAAUGUUGAAUUUCCUCAGUCCAACAAAGUAGAGACGAAUGGUAAUUCUCGACAAAAUGAUAAAGAGAAACUUGGGAAUAAUCUGGAAGGCUGCGGAGAGAGUAAUAAGAAAACACCUGGUACUCAGCAGUUUGAUACCAGACGUGGGGGACCAGUUUCCCACUCCAUAAGAGGAAGGAAAAAAGGCACAUCAAAUACAGUGGCAGAAUUAACUGAUGGACGAACUGAGCCAAUUUUGGGAGAUGGCAAUAACAGUGAACGUAAGAGAAGAGAUUCCUCGUCAGAUGAAAAUAGUUGUUCUUACUCUAAGUAUGAAAAAGAUCAACCAGAUCUCAAGGGGCCAAUAAAAGAUUACUCUCAAUACAAGGAGUAUGUGCAGGAGUAUCAUGACAAAUAUGAUUCAUACUGUUCCCUGAAUAAGAUCCUAGAGAGUUACAGGAAAGACUUUGAUCAACUUGGAAAGGACCUUGAGUAUGCUAAGGGAAGGGACAUGGAGAAAUAUUAUAGCAUCUUGGAGCAACUGAAAGAUUCAUAUCGCCAGUGCGGCAUGAGGCACAAGAGGCUGAAGAAAAUAUUUGUGGUGCUUCACGAAGAAUUGAAGCACCUUAAGCAGAGAAUUAAAGAUUUCGUCCUUUCUUAUGGAAAAGAUUGAAGAGAAUGAUAGAGAACUGAAUCGGAAGAUUUUAUUCAUUUUCAAAAUCCAGAGGGGUGCUUGGAAUUGGAAGUUGAUGGAACCUGAUCACAAUCACAAUGUUCUCUUCUCACAUAUGAAAUUGGUUCCCUUGACCAGUCGAGUGGAUUGAUUUAGUGUCUCUCUCAGUUGCAGUUGCAGCUUCAGCCCCAGAAGAAUACCCAACCCAUCUCAAUGUGUACAUUCAAUUUUCUUCUCUUUUUUUUUUUUUUGUACAUUUCCUUAUCUAAGUAGUUGCACCUUUGGGUUCAGGCUUUUUGUUUUUGUUUAGCCUGACCUUGUUUUUUUUGAUCGUUUGCUUUUGAAAUUUACCAUUUUUGAUGAGGUAUUGUUCAUACUUUUGUCUAUUUAGUGAAUUCACAAGGCAUGAGUUUGUAGAGGAUAAUAGGAGUCAUGUCAUGUCCACAUCCAUGUUUAUAUAAUUUUUUUUUUU